AUGUUCGCCGCUUCUGCCAGAGGAGUCAGAAUGAUCAGGGAUUUUCUCGACACAAUUGAUGGCGCAUACCCAUCAUUGGUCGGCUACGAUCAUCCCCGCUGGUCCGAGCAGUAUCCUCAGGGCGAUCCCAACAACCGCUUAACAUACCGUGUUUCUUACCAUGAGGUAGAGGGCCAAUACGAGGCGACGGAGGGGUCAGGCUGGUGGGUAGGUGCGUUUAUGAACGGCGUCAACCGCGCAAUCGACCCUGUAAACAUUGUGGACGAAGGAAGCUCUCCUUAUUGGAUCUUCCGGAUGUUCUUUCUUAAUCCUGAUGUAGAAGCGAAUGACUGGCAAUUGGCGUCUUUCCUACUACCUCCAGCAGACCACGUCGACAAAUUCAGUCAUAUGCUGAAAAGGGCUGGAAUCGGGAACGGCGAGCUCUUCACCACCAUCGGCACGUCGGAAGACAUUGAUCAAGACACUCUUGACACCUACUUGCCGACGGGCCUGGGUUAUCCGGAACACGAGUACUGGGUCACUAGUGACCCGAACAGCAAUCCUAUGGACCCCACGUAA